AUGCCUGGUAUUCUUUCACCUGUAGACAUCGGCCUGGAGAUAGAAGUACGCAUGCCUCGGCCUAUGCGCAAGAAACGCCGGCCACACAAACGGGCUCCACCUAUUUGGUCUUUCCCGCCUUCUAUCCCCCGCUCACCAACGACCAGCACUCCCGAACUGGAGGCACUCAUCGCCCACAUGCUCCUUCUCCGGUAUGAGCAGGACAUCGCUAGGCUCUUUUCGGUGCAUGUGGAUGCUAUUGCGCGCAGGCUCCUGCCGAAGAUCCUCGAGAGGCUGACACUGACCGCUGCUGGGCCGGGGUGGUGUGCCGUGCAUGCGAGGGAUGAGGGAGUGAGGGACUUCUUUAGGGGAGUACUGGCGAUGGAUCUCAGGCAGGCGGGGGAGAGAGUUGCGCCCCGGAGCUUGGAGUGGAGUUAUACCAGUUUAAGGCAUUUCGCGCUCAGCAACGAUAUCCAUAUCUGUGAAAGUGGAGAGCACGGACUGCAGUCCUACCGUCUCCUCCCGCAUCUUUCAGCUCUUCAGGCAUAUGUCAAGUCCCUGCACUACCAACCCGCGCCUGCGUUCACCCCCCCAGCAUUCAAGGGCGACUACUCUGCCAUGCCGUUCAUCGAGCGCCUUAGGAAGAUACUGGAGCCUCUCGGGGAGCUCGCUGGUGAGAAGGGUUUAGGAGCGGGGAGCGAUACCGAAGGCAGGAGCAUUUGGGAACCUUUCCCUCCCUGGAUCGGAUGGGAGAGCAAGGCCGAGCUGGGCUAUGCACGUAUGGUCGACACCCUCUGGAGUGUGGCGCGCGAAUUCGAUCCUCGUGGAUAUGGCGUGGUGCUCAAGCAGAAACUGAGCAAUUGGUGCGAUUGUGGUUGUAGCACGGAACAUCUUGGAGAGGUGUGCGAGAGGACUGUGAGGGAGGAUCUGGCGCAGAGGCUCAAGGCGGAAGGAAAAGAGGGGUUGGAUACACGGCAUGUGCACACCCAUGAGCACGCGCAUGUGCAUAAAGACGACGGGGAGUGCGGCGGAACAUGGAUGCCAAGGAGGGAGAAAGGGAAGGGCAAGGAAUGGGAUGGGCGGGGCGGGGGAAUACUUGGCUGGGGGACGACGGAUGAGGAGGAUACGUGGGACAAGACUCUGGAUCUGGGUGGGAUCGAAGACAGUGACGACUGGGAGGACCAGAUGACGAUGGGCGAGCAGAUGGAGUGGAGGUAUCUCAAAGCUGAACGAGAGAAAGAGCUGGGAAACGCUGCAUACAAGCUGGGCAAGUACGCGACAGCGAUCAACUACUACCUCUCGGCGGACACUAUCGAGCCCGAACUUCCGCACUACAAGCUCAACGCCGCACAGGCCUAUCUCCAACUUGCGGACUGGCUGUCUGCCGAACGCCUGUGCACCAGUUGCCUCAAGCAGCACCCCUGUAGCGUCAAGGCUCUCUGGAGGCGGGCAAAGGCGCGCAGGAUGCAGGGGAAGCAUCAGGGUUCAGCGAGGGAUUUGCGGACGUUGUUGACUGUGCAGCCUGGGAAUAGGGAGGCGAUGGAGGCGCUGGAAGCGCUUCGUCCUGCGUUGGAGAAGAAGGAUCCCCAUGGCGCGCUCUGCCCUGGAUGUCUAGGCUCUUGCACGCACGCGUCCACCUCUGCCGCUGCGUCCUCUCUCACCCUCGCCAGUGACCAGACUGCCGGAAAGCGGGAACAGGACGAUGUUCCUUUCGAGAUGGACGAGUUCGACCGCACGCGAUUGACCCUCGUUACGGUACCUGUGAGCUUGGUCAUGCCCGACACUGGGAUGGAGGAGUCGUUUGCCUAUCCAAGCUGGGAGCGGUACCGAGUCGAGCGGUUGGAUUGA